AGCAUGCCUUAAAAAAAAAAAAAAAAAGUAUAUUGGGGGCAGUUUGGAAAAAAAAAGGGUAACGGGGAACAAAAUGUUGUGUUGCCGACGCAGAACCAAUUAAUGCAGUGCCACAGUUUGUUGAUAAGGCCGUGUCGUUGGACAUUCAAAUGAGCACCUGAUAUAGAGUGCAAGAGAACCACUAUUGCCUGGGCUGGGAGUUGGUUCAUGUCAAGAUGAGUAAAGUGCGCAGUGUGGUUAACCGGUUGCACGAGCGGAUCGAUUAUCUUAUAGAAAAAUGUCCCAAUAUGACUGCAGCGCCUUACAACUACAACUAUAUUUUCAAGUACAUCAUCAUCGGUGACAUGGGCGUGGGCAAGUCCUGCCUGCUGCACCAGUUCACUGAGAAAAAAUUCAUGGCCAAUUGUCCGCAUACGAUUGGCGUGGAGUUUGGAACUCGCAUCAUUGAGGUGGACGACAAGAAGAUAAAGCUACAGAUCUGGGACACGGCGGGCCAGGAGAGAUUCCGGGCCGUGACACGGUCCUAUUACAGAGGAGCUGCAGGAGCGUUGAUGGUGUAUGAUAUAACCAGGCGCUCCACUUACAAUCACCUGAGCAGCUGGCUCACCGACACGCGUAAUCUCACAAAUCCAAGUACUGUGAUCUUUCUCAUUGGCAACAAGUCCGAUCUGGAGAGCACUCGCGAGGUGACCUACGAGGAGGCCAAGGAGUUUGCCGAUGAGAAUGGACUCAUGUUUCUCGAAGCAAGUGCAAUGACAGGUCAGAAUGUGGAGGAGGCAUUUCUCGAAACCGCACGCAAGAUCUACCAGAAUAUCCAGGAGGGCCGGCUGGAUCUGAACGCCUCAGAGUCGGGAGUGCAACAUCGACCCUCGCAGCCGUCGAGGACAUCGCUGAGCAGUGAAGCCACGGGCGCCAAGGAUCAGUGCUCAUGCUAAAUGAAUGCACCUUAUAUUUACACACUCCUAGAUAUACAAAAUCUACUUUUAUUUUUAGCCGACUCGUAAUCUACCGAAGCCCAAGCUAAAACCAAUGUAUGUAGUUGAAUGAUUCGAUUAAGCAUAAUGUGUGAGCGAUUUGCAGCGACAGCAACAAGACAAACCAAAAUAUAUAAGAGCCCUCCCCAAUAAUACGACAAAGCCACUUCAAACGUUUGUAAUGUCGAGUAAGCGUUCUAAUUAGUAAAUUAAAGAGGAUUGUUGGUUAGAGAGAGAGAGUUAUUUUCAAGCAUCGUUAGAGAAACCAAAGUUUUGAUUAUGAAAUUUCUAAAAGUUUAUUGCUCUUUAUCCUAAAAAGUCACUCGUUCGUUUGGUCCAAUACCUUAAGUCGGUGCGUUCUAUGCAGAACACUUAUUCUGUUGGCUGUCUAUCUCUGUAUAUAUAUGAAUUUUUGUAUCUCCCUUUAUGAAUCAUUUUUUGUUGAGUAUUUGUUGUAGACGCGUGCGAAGAGGAAUACGAUCAAUGUUAUAUGAAUAUUAACGAUGUAUUAAUGGCAUAAUGCAAUAGGAAAUAAAAAACCACGGUAUUUAUAAAGCCCUACCAAUUAAAAA